GGCAGUAGAGUUAAGCGUCUCUGCUGCAGCGGGAGGGAGAAGACGCAGGAGAUCGGACCUUGGUGGGGGCGGGAGAGGAGAGCCAGGGGCUGUUCCUGCAGCGGAUCCGGCGGCCAGCAGUCUGCAGUGACAGCAGCGGCUCGAAGGAAGCCGGUACCGGAGCAAGGAGCCCCCGGAGGGGGGGGCUCAGACAGCGACUGCCGCAGCGAUGGGAAACCGUGGCAUGGAAGAUCUGAUCCCUCUGGUCAACAGGCUGCAGGAUGCCUUUUCCGCCAUCGGCCAGAAUGCCAACCUGGACCUGCCGCAGAUCGCUGUGGUGGGCGGCCAGAGCGCGGGCAAGAGCUCGGUGCUGGAGAAUUUCGUGGGCAGGGACUUCCUGCCCCGUGGAUCUGGCAUUGUGACCCGCCGGCCACUGGUCCUGCAGCUGGUGAAUGCCACCACAGAAUAUGCUGAGUUUCUCCACUGCAAAGGAAAGAAGUUUACAGACUUUGAGGAGGUCCGGCUGGAGAUUGAGGCAGAGACUGACCGUGUCACUGGCUCCAACAAGGGCAUUUCAGCGGUGCCCAUCAACUUGCGGGUCUAUUCUCCACAUGUGCUGAACCUGACCUUGGUAGACCUGCCAGGAAUGACCAAGGUUCCAGUGGGUGACCAGCCUCCAGACAUCGAGUUCCAGAUCCGUGACAUGCUUAUGCAGUUUGUCACCAAGGAAAACUGUCUCAUCCUGGCUGUAUCCCCUGCCAACUCUGACCUUGCCAACUCUGAUGCCCUCAAGAUUGCCAAGGAGGUUGAUCCUCAAGGACAGCGUACCAUAGGGGUCAUCACUAAGCUAGAUUUGAUGGAUGAAGGGACGGAUGCUCGAGAUGUCCUGGAGAAUAAGCUGCUGCCCCUGCGGAGAGGCUACAUUGGAGUGGUGAAUCGGAGCCAGAAAGAUAUUGAUGGCAAAAAGGAUAUCACAGCAGCCCUGGCAGCUGAACGAAAGUUUUUCCUGUCCCACCCAUCUUACCGCCAUCUGGCUGAACGCAUGGGCACACCCUUCCUACAGAAAGUCCUGAACCAGCAACUGACCAACCAUAUCCGGGACACGCUGCCUGGACUUCGGAACAAGCUGCAGAGUCAGUUGUUGUCUAUUGAGAAGGAGGUGGAGGAAUAUAAAAACUUCCGUCCUGAUGACCCCUCCCGCAAGACCAAGGCUCUGUUACAGAUGGUCCAGCAGUUUGCUGUGGACUUUGAGAAACGGAUUGAAGGUUCGGGAGACCAGAUCGACACCUAUGAGCUGUCUGGAGGGGCCCGAAUCAACCGUAUCUUCCAUGAACGUUUCCCCUUUGAGCUGGUCAAAAUGGAGUUUGAUGAGAAGGAGCUGAGGCGGGAGAUCAGCUACGCUAUCAAGAAUAUUCAUGGCAUCAGAACGGGGCUGUUCACCCCCGAUAUGGCUUUUGAAACCAUCGUGAAAAAGCAGGUGAAGAAGAUCCGAGAGCCCUGUCUGAAAUGUGUGGACAUGGUCAUUUCAGAGUUAAUCAAUACUGUUAGACAGUGCACCAAGAAGCUCCAGCAGUACCCCCACUUACGAGAAGAAAUGGAACGCAUUGUCACCACCCAUAUCCGUGAGCGGGAGGGGAAGACCAAGGACCAGGUCAUGCUUCUCAUUGACAUUGAAUUGGCCUAUAUGAACACCAACCAUGAAGAUUUCAUUGGCUUUGCUAAUGCCCAGCAGAGGAGCAGCCAGAUGAAUAAGAAAAAGACAUCGGGGAACCAGGACGAGAUUUUGGUGAUCCGGAAGGGCUGGCUGACCAUCAACAACAUUGGCAUCAUGAAGGGAGGCUCCAAGGAGUAUUGGUUUGUGUUGACAGCUGAAAACCUGUCCUGGUAUAAGGAUGAUGAGGAGAAGGAGAAAAAGUAUAUGCUCCCUGUGGAUAACUUGAAACUCCGAGAUGUGGAAAAGGGCUUUAUGUCCAGCAAGCAUAUCUUUGCCCUCUUCAACACUGAACAGAGGAAUGUCUACAAGGAUUACCGACAGCUGGAGCUGGCCUGUGAAACUCAGGAGGAGGUGGACAGUUGGAAGGCAUCUUUCCUGAGGGCUGGGGUAUACCCAGAACGGGUUGGGGACAAGGAGAAAGCCAGCGAGACAGAAGAGAAUGGCUCAGACAACUUCAUGCACUCGAUGGACCCCCAGUUGGAAAGGCAGGUGGAGACCAUCCGCAACCUGGUGGAUUCCUACAUGGCCAUUGUGAACAAGACCAUCCGUGACCUCAUGCCCAAAACUAUCAUGCACCUCAUGAUAAACAACACCAAGGACUUCAUCCACUCGGAGCUACUGGCCAAUUUGUACUCGUGCGGGGACCAGAACACGCUGAUGGAGGAGUCUGCGGAGCAAGCCCAGCGGAGAGAUGAGAUGCUGCGCAUGUACCACGCCCUGAAAGAGGCCCUGGGCAUCAUCGGAGACAUCAACACCACCACCAUCAGCACGCCCAUGCCCCCGCCUGUGGACGACUCCUGGCUGCAGGUGCAGAGUGUACCGGCCGGACGCAGGUCGCCCACGUCCAGCCCCACCCCACAAAGGCGAGCCCCCGCCGUGCCCCCAGCCCGGCCCGGCUCCCGGGGCCCUGCUCCUGGGCCUCCGCCUGCUGGGUCCGCCCUGGGGGGGGCGCCCCCCGUGCCCUCCCGGCCAGGGGCUUCCCCUGACCCCUUCGGACCACCCCCUCAGGUGCCGUCAAGGCCCAACCGCGCCCCCCCGGGGGUUCCCAGGAAGGGCCCGGCCUCACCUACGCGACCUGCUGUCCCCCGACCAGCUGAGCCUCCCCUCUUAGACUUAUAACUUUGAGGCCUGUUGGCCACUGGCACCCAUUGCAUGAUCACAUUGAGGGAGAAACCUUUAGGUUCUCUGACCCUACCAAGGAGGCUGUCAUUCAUUGCCUGAGGAGACAGAUGCAUCCUCAGCCACCUGCCCCAUGGAGCCUCACCUUUAGAUUUAACUCUCUUCACCCAGCGUUUUCCAAGUUUUCCAAGCUUUGAAUCCACAUUUCCAGCUGGAUGCUUGCUGGGUGGGGUAGAAACCACGGAGAGAUGGAUGGCAGGGGCCCUCUGGGCUCCUUCAGGGCAAGCAUGGUUAGGUCUGGGCUUGGGGGGGAUGCAGGAGGCAGAGCAUGUGAUUAGCAGCUUCUGAUGUGGUAUUCUGGAUGCAGUGAGUGUGAGUGGAGAGUGUAUGUAUGUGUGGGGAAAUGUUGGCUCUUUGGUGGGGAGGGUGGAACCCAACUAGCCUCUUCUCCCAUGUCCCUGCCAAAGCCCAGAUUCUUUCUGCUCAUUCUGGGUGCUCCAACCUUCCCUUUCCAUUCCAGUGCUUCCUCUCCUUUCUCCAUGCAAUCCGGUUUCCUUUCUGUCCUAUUCAACUGCUACAAAUGGUGGGGUGGGAGGGGUUUGGUCAUAUCUAUGGUUUUCCUGCCUUAUCAGUUUUCUUCCCCUCCUUUUUUUCCCUCCUCUUUUCUCUUCAACUGCCAGCCGAGCGGGUCAGGCAAGUCCAUCCCGUCCUGAGAGUCCUAGACCCCCCUUCGACCUAUAACCAGCUCCCUACUCCUCGGUGACACCCUGUCCCCAACCCUCUUACUGCUGUUCUGUGACUGAUGGUGGCUACCCUCCCAAACUUCAUGAUUUGGUCUGUCAUAGUUGUGAGCUGACAUAUCCAGGUGUGACAUUAAUGAAAACCUGUGCUCAGAAAAUGCUCCCUCUGUGGUAUCUCUCCCGCCGAGAACUUCUAUAAAUAUCUAGAAAUACACACAUACAUAUAUAUAAUAUAUAUAUAUAUAUAGGAACACAACCUUGCUCAGGUUGGAAGUCAGACCAUCUGCUGUCCUUGUGGUUUUGUUGCCCAAGUAUAAGGGGAUGUUGUUGCUCUGGAUUCCCUCCCCCAAAAGUGUUCCAUCUGCCUGGGUGUUCUUUGAGCCUCACUGUCUCACUCGUGCCUGGGACAGCAGGACACUCCCCCUUCCUGUGGAUGUGUGGGUACUGUACCAGUGACUGCUACAGUUCUGUCACUUCUAUCUGUUGCGCUGUCUCUUGGCUGAGAAUAAAACUCAUUUCUGUAUGACACCAAA